AUGGGUUCUUGGGUGCGCACCAUUACAACGCCCUUCAGGAAAGCCUGCACCAUCUUCGGUCCACAGAAGGAUGGCGGCAAGAAGACGCAGCAACCAAACUCAGUGAUGGCGCAGCACGUCGACGCCGAGAGGGCCAAACUCCACGGGGAGGUGAUGGCGUGCGCCUACGAAGACGUGCAGGUCAUGUGGUCCAUGCUCGGCCAGGCAAGGAUCCGGGAUCUCAGUGGCAGCUCGUGA